GCGAAGCAGUAACUUCUAUUCGAAGUCCUCCAAAUCCAGUUAGCCGAAAUGGUCGAUAAAAGCCAGGAAUCCUGCUGUCAGCCCUUGAAGGAGGAGUUCCAGCGCUCGAAAUUCUCGCUUUAUCAUGAAGAUCCCGGAGUCUUUUGUCGCUCGCAAUGGCAAAAAGGAGACCGAAAUAUAAUUUGGGUUUUGUACCGAUGGUUUCUGGCCGCUUUCUUUGCCGCUGGCGUUAUCGGCAGCAUGAUGCAGGACUUUAACGGCGGUCGUUGGUUCAUUUUCCUUACCGACUGGGGAUUUACACUGUGUUUAUUUACCUGUACCUUUGGGGCUGUAAUCGCAACGAUAUACUACAUUAACCCCGCCUAUUUCGAACCUGGCAGUCGAUCCCUCAAGAUUUACUGGAUCUCUCACUAUACAACAUCUGUGCUAUCAAUGCUGAUAACGCUGGUCUUUUGGGCCGCACUUUCAUCUACCCAGCCUGAAAUUGCUGGAGAGCUGUAUAACCUGUGGUGUCAUGCCUUCAACUCGAUAUGCAUGGUCUUCGACUGCUUUAUGGUGGCCUAUCCCGCUCGUCUCCUGCAUGGUAUCUAUCCCCUUUCCGUAGUGCUUAUCUUCCUGGUGCACUCAUUGAUCUACUAUUGGGCUGGCGGCACUGACAUGGAUGGAAAUCGGUUUAUUUACUACGCCCUGGACUGGGCACGUCCUGGUCUAGCAAUUGGGUUUGUUUGCGCCAGUCUGGCUUUGAUUUGCUGCUUUUCCCUGUUGGCCUUCGGCAUCUACCGCUUGCGGUUGUCGAUGUACAAAUGUUGCGGAAAAAGUCAAGAGGAAUCACAAUCAACAGAAACUGCUCACAAGGAAUCAUCUUUAGCUGUUUAAUUCAUUUC